AAAUGAUUCAAGCUAAUAAACUUCAACCAAAAAUAUUCCCAAGGGUCCUACUAGAGAAAUCUGAUGCAGCCUCAGAGGACUGAGACAUUAGUGAUGAUGUCCUUUCAGAAUCAUCACCAAUAGCUUCAAAAACUGGAGUCAACAAGGGGAUGAAAUCCAAAAGUAAAUUUUGGAUUACAAACAACCUUAAGAUGGAGAGAGAUGAGAUGGAGGGUUCGCUAAACCAAGAUUUUACAAGUGCAAAUAAGCAAAAUAAGCUGAUCCAUGCUUCAUCAUUUAAAACUAAGAAGAACUCAGUUGAUUACAUGUGUAACAACUGCCCUUCAGUUGCAUCUCCUAGGUCUCUGAAGUCUGAGAUCAGCAGUCUGCUUCAAAAACUCAUUAUCAAGAAGAAGAAAUCUAAUGAAAGGAAGCUAAUUCUUAGUUCACAAAAGAAAUCAUUACAGACUCCUUUCAGUGAGAUAAACAAAGCUAAGGAAGAUGAAAAUUUCAUUCUCACAAUGGGAGACAUUGAACAACCAUCCAAAGCUCAAUAAAUGGUGUUAUAAAAUCUAUUUGUGAGCUCAUAAACUCUAAAGUACUCUUAAGAUAAAUAUCUUGACCCUUAAUUCUUGAAUAAUUAUUAAUAAAGUC